GGCUGCUUAUAACGCUCAGUAAAUUUUGCGGCAAAUGCCGGUUCCUUAGUUUUAAUAUUUUGCAACUCCAAUUGCAAUUUUUAUGAAAAAUAUAUCUUUCUGAUGUAUAUUUAAACAUCGAUAUUUUCUUACAUCUGUGUGAUACAACUAGAAAGACAAUAUUGUCUUAACUAAAAUAGCAACUAAAACAUAAUUGUUAUUCAACGUAAAGUGGAUAUUCGUUUUACUUUAUAUACUUGUUAUUUUUUAGUGAAAACAUAAGAAUAAAACAAAAAUAAUAUAAAAUGACAGAAAGUUUUCAAGAUAGUUUAGAAUUGGAUGAAGAUGAUUCUACUCCAAAAACCGUAGCUGAAGUUCUUGAUGACAUUCAAAAAGCUUGGCAAAAUGAAAAAUCAUCUCCAGAAAUUCUUCAACACAUGUCAGAUCAUGUUGAGUGUCUUUUACGUCAUAUAACAUGUAUGGAAGAGAAUUUAGAACGUUUGUCAAAAGAUGAUUUACGUGUGACAAUACAUAGAAUGGAAAUAGAUAGAAUAAGAUAUCUUGUUUCUAGCUAUCUCAGAACAAGAUUAGAAAAGAUAGAACUUUAUGCAAUUGACAUAAUUAAAAAAGAAGUUGAACGUGAUCGCACUGAUCGCUACCUGUCUGAUGCUGAAUUCAAAUUUGCUGAAGAUUGGGCAUUAAAUAUGGAGACAUUGUUAAAAAGUAUAAUUCUUCAACAUUUACCGGGAACUUUUAAGGAAUAUGAAAUCGAUAAAUUAGCUAUUAAGCCUAAUUUACAUUCGCACGUAUUUAUUAAAGCUAAUAAAGAUAUUGAUGGUAUUUUUCUACCUGGCGUUCACGAUGAAGAAUUAAACAUGAAAGAAGGAGAUCAGUACAUUGUUCAAUAUAAAUCUGUUGCUAAUUUAGUGAAAGAUGGUUCAGUUCAACUUAUUUAACAAAAAAUUAUCAUGAUAAUAAGCAAAAAUAAAUGAAAUUAUUUUUUCAAUUUC